GGAGGCCGCAGCCAUCUUGGCUCCACACCGAGCAGCAGUAGCAGAGGACGGACGACGUUAACGGCCGUUAGCCAACGUUAGCUCCUCGACCAGAUCAACCACAGUCUGGUGUCGCUGUGCGGCGCGACUAUGCUCCACGUACGGUGUUUUUCUUCGGUAGCCGCCACUUUAUAGUGCAUUAAACAAAAAUGGGCAUAAACUGUGUUAAGCGCUAACCGUUAUAAAUCCGGAGAGGGCGGCGGCGGCGUCGGUGCAAAUCUUCGGUGUAUUUUUAAAAAAAACAUUUCUGAAUAGAGGAGUUACUAUGAAUGGAGGAUAAAUGUUGCCAAAGGCUGACAGCAGCAGUUUCGUCCUCUUCUCUCUUCUCUUCGUCCUCACGUUAACGGACCCACCACGGACAGGUCCGCGGCUAGCUCUGGCAAGAUUAUUGUCAGAGCAGCGCUGCAGCCCUGGGCAGUUUGCCUGCCGCAGUGGGAAGAUGCAGUGUAUCCCAAUGUCCUGGCAGUGCGACGGCUGGACAGCAUGCGAGGACAAGAGUGACGAGAUGGACUGUCCCCCUAUAAAGGAGGAGAGGUUUCGCUUCGGCAACGGCUACGACCAGGUAGAAGACGUCAUCGGUGUGGCUCAGCCGGUGCGCUUCAACAAGAAAUGCCCCAGUGGGUGGCACCACUACGAGAAGACAGCCAGCUGUUACAAAGUGUACCUGAGGAACGAGAACUACUGGCAGGCUGUGGACACUUGUCAGAAAGUCAACGGCUCAUUGGCCACUUUUGUUACCAACGAGGAGCUGCAGUUCAUACUGAAGAUCGAGGUGGAUUUUGAUGACAAAGUGUGUGAGCGCAGAGACCAGUGCAAGUUUUGGGUGGGCUACCAGUAUGUGAUCACCAAUCAGAACCACUCCCUGGAGGGCCGCUGGGAGGUAGCAUACAAAGGGUCGAUGCAGGUGUUUCUGCCACCUGAGGGUCUGACCAACUUUGGGGAAGCAUCUUCCACCCAGGACAACGUCUUCUGUGCCCAGCUGCAGCGCUUUCAGAUCAAAAGCAUGAAUGAACGAGGCCUGCACAGCUGGCACGCUGAGAACUGCUACAAGAAGUUCCCCUUCCUCUGCAAGAGGAGGCAAACGUGCGUGGAUAUAAAAGACAACGUCGUAAACGAAGGCUACUACUUCACCCCAAAGGGGGACGACCCGUGUCUGAGCUGCACGUGUCACGACGGCGAGCCUGAGAUGUGUGUGGCCGCGUUGUGUGAGCGUCCGCAGGGCUGCCAGCACUUCCGCAAGGAUCCCAAAGAGUGCUGCAAGUUCACCUGCCUGGACCCAGAUGGAAACAGUCUGUUUGACUCGAUGGCCAGCGGGAUGAGGCUCAUCGUCAGCUGCAUCUCGUCCUUCCUCAUCCUCUCCCUGCUGCUCUUCAUGGUGCACAGACUCCGUCAGCGGAGACGUGAACGCAUCGAAACUUUGAUUGGAGGAAACUUGCACCACUUUAACCUUGGAAGAAGAGUCCCGGGCUUCGACUACGGCCCGGAUGCCUUUGGCACCGGCCUCACUCCUCUGCAUCUGUCUGACGACGGAGAGGGAGGCGCUUUCCAUUUCCAAGAGCCUCCUCCGCCGUACGCAGCCUACAAAUACCCCGACAUCCAGCACCCUGACGACCCCCCUCCUCCAUACGAGGCCUCCAUCAACCCCGACAGCCUCCUCUACGUGGACCUCGGACACCGCGGGGUUCCCAUGGUGCCGAGCCAGAUGAACGUCAUGGGAGACGGGCUCCAAGCCGACAUUCCCAACGCCCCUGGCCCCGUGCCAGACUCGGCACCGUCCUCUCAGGAGAGGGAGGACUCCAUAGAUAGCAGCACCCUCCUGGUGGGGCCCGACACCCCGACAGAUGGCCACGCCCCCGCCUCCGUGCCCGCAGACUGCGUCUCUUCCCUCAGCACCGUAGUAUAGGACUGUGGACGGACGGCGGGGAGCUGCAUCCGGACGUUACCUGCUGGUUGAGGAAGGUCGUGAGUGCACCGGGAGAGGACGCAGCAGUCUGUUGUCUCACAGUGCGGAGUGCAGCGAGGAGAGUUAACGCUUGUACAGACAUUUCAGAGGCAGCCUGGAUCUCCUCUUUCUGAAGACUCCUCUGCAGUUGGCCUUCUGAGUUUUUUUGUUUGUUUGUUUUUUUAAGACACUGGAUUGAGGGUGCGAGAGAGGACUGAGAACCCCCCCCCCCCCCCACCACUGCAUUGAGGCUGAGACGGCUGCACUAGCAUAGUGAGCCAAGCUUUUGAAACAUCUCAGAGUUGGCCUGAUUGGUUUAAAAGUCUGAUGUAGAAUACCCCCCCCCCCUCAGGUCCGUGCUGGUUAAAGUUUGAUAUACUCGCGUGUCACAGUCCAGCACAAGGCGAAGAACGACAGGCGGACGGCGCAGCCAGCUAUUGUUCCUCGUGCAUUUUUGUUCGCAUCAUGCUGUCGUUCAGACACACGUGUCUGUAUUCAUCUGUUGCUCUCCAGCCUAAAAAAAAAAACCGUUCUCAUCAGCCUCGUCUGUCGCAGCAUGUCCCUGAUCCCGAUUUCUACUCGCUCAUGAAAAUUUACUGUCCCCUGACUUUCUUAUUAUUCUGAUACAUGAAGCUGUCUUCCAGGUUUAUAGAGCAUAUUUGCAGAAAACGUUUUGUAAUCAAGAGGUUUAACCUUGCAGAAGGUACGGUUAGUUUCCUGCUAUAGGGUUUUUAAUAGGGUAAUGCUGACAUAAGGCAUUAUGUAUCGAGGAAUGUUGUGGUACUGAUUAAUAUCUGAGUUUUGGUAUUGUGUUCUUUUUUUGAUGAUAAUUUAUGACUGCAGGCUGUACUCUUGAUUGUUUCACUGUGGGAUAGACGCAGUCUGAACUCCCCACUGAUCAGCGAGCGAAAGCGAUGAAGCUCUUCAAGUGCAUGUGUGAACAUUAGGGAUGAUGUCCCGUCAUUUAAUUUGAGGAAAAUCAAUUUAUUUAAAAAUAACUGUUCCAAUCAUGAAGUUGUUUAAUGAUGCAGACGGUCCCAUUGUUGUUACUUCAUCAUCGACUUUUUUCGCAGUAUAGUUGUGUAUUUGCUAACUGAACCAUGAUUAGUGACUCAAAGCUCAAUGUUUUGCACGUUCAUCUCUCGAUUUAAAUCAGGUUUUUCUUUUUGUUGUUGUUGUUGUUUUUUUUGGAAAGGAAUCUGUCAGUUGUCACAUUUGGAUGCUGCCCCUCCAUUCCCGAUGUGUUCUCUGUAUGUGUGAUUCUUCACACGAUACAUCUGUUAUCUGAGUUAUCGAGGUUGUUUUCAGCUACUGAUGAAGAUUACGUCACUGACUGUAGCUGUGAGUGUUGAUGGGUCUGUUUCUGUUUUUUCUCAGUGGGAUCGCGGUAAAAAACAAAAAAAGUUGUAAUAAAAGAAAAGUGUAAACUUGUUUAGACCCCUGUUAUGAUGACAAUCGUUUGAUUCUCUCAAGGAUGAAUUUUUACAACGUCUGAAGGAGUUGGAUCAGAGUCGACCCGCAGCCACCAGCAUUCAAAGCGCUUUUGAUCUGCCUCAAGAAAACCAGCCGUACAUGUGUGUCCGAAUGACCGUGCACGUCCGAGGGUCUCAUGUUUGAAUGUACUGAAUGUGUAAUACAUUUAUUGUCUGUGCUGAAGCUUAUUUUACCGUUUUUCUUAUCUUUUUUUUUUGUUUGAAUUGUCAAAGCCACAAAAAACAGUCGUCUGUCCAACAAAAUUGUGGAAAAAAGAAACGUGUGCGUGUGUGUGUGUGUGUGUGUGUGUAGGAGAUGGUGUUCUAUUUUAUUAUUUUUAUUUUAUUUUUUUAAUUUCAAGUUUGUUUGGUUUUAUUUUUCAAUCUGCUUUUUGGACCUGAAGUGCAUGUUGUUGUUUUGUUUUUUAAAUAUUAUGGCAUGCUGAGAGAUUUUUAUAUUUGAUGGAAACAUUUCAGCUCAACAGUCUGUCCUGUACAGUAGGUUCAACUAGGACUGCGUAUAGUUCAAUAUCUCCAUAUGCAUAAAGAAAAACCUACCCAUGACCCCCAACAGCUGCAUUUACACUGUAGUUUCUGUGCUAGGCUCUGGUGGUGUGACAACUAAUUUUACUGGAUUUGAAAUAUUUUAUGUAUAACACAACAGAUGCUUCAUUUCAUUGUCUUUUAUUUCAUAGCCUUUAAAUUUGAAAAGAAAAUGCUUCAUUUGCAGGGGGGCUGGGGGGGGCUUGUGUUUCUUUUUGAGGUAGAUGUACAUCUAAUCAAAUGCCAAAUAAAUUGCACCAUGAAGGACGA